GCCACCACAUGCCUCAGACAAUCGUUCCCCCCGUCGUUCAUAUUCGUUCUGCUUCUUCUGCGGACUUUCGGGUCAUAUUCGGGCAGGUUGUCAUUCAUUCAAGUCGUAUUUAGCUUCGGGAAAGUGUCUACUUGUCGACGGCCGCGUUGUUCUACCUACAGGACAGGAAAUCGCGCGUGAAGUUGCCGGACGGACUCUACGAGACCGUCUCGACAACUGGUCUUCAUUGACAAGCCAGCUCGAGACUCGUAGGGGCUCAUUGCCCGCUCGCUCGCAUUCACCCACAGCCGCACCCUCUCGAAGUGUGUUCGACACACCAUCGCGCAUACCCGCUCAGACGAGCAUCAUGUAUCCUCAGUCCCUACCUACUGUCCAGCCCGAGCCAGCAGUACCCAACCCACCAGCCAUUCCAUCUCGUCGCUCGUCAGCCGAGCGCUCUCGUAGCUCACCGCACGCGCAGCCACAGUCGAGGUGGCCACGUGGCCGAGGCCAAUCGCCCUCGCCUCCUCGUUCACACUCGCGCUCGCAGACUCGAACGGGUUCGUACACACAUUCGAAAGAUGAUUUUAUACCAGUCCAGUCAUAUGCCCGCAGCUCGAUGCGUUAUCACACUCGAAGGCGCUCAUAUUCAUAUUCGACCAAUAGCUCACUCCCUUCUUCCUCGUCAUUGUCGUCGUCGUCCUUGCACUCGCGCUCUCGUUCACGUUCGAGGAAGGCGUAUUCAUACAUCCGUUCCAAACCGAAGCGGUCACGCAGCCGCAGUCGCACGCCCCGGCGCUCUUGCAGAGCGCGUUAACGCUGCAUGUCGCACGAAUUCUAUUAUGUUGUUUUUUAAUUCUUUUGCUUAUGGAUCUUACAGUAUCUGGUAUGGAUCUACCUACAUCGUAAUGCGGAAUUUUUGGUACAUUAGAUAUGUUUGAAUUUUCUUGUUUCGCCCUUCAUCUUUCCCCCCCCCCCCCCACAGGCUCGAGUUCCCCACGGAACCCCGUUUAGCAUCGCACCUGGCACCUUUCCCGCACUCUACACGACGCCUCGCAUCCGCGGAUACAGUUCUGAC